AUGACUCGCCAUAGGAUGGCACUCCCUCUGGUAGUGGGAUUUGUAGCUCUGAUUAGCGCUGUAUCUGCAGAUUUUCCCGACUGUAUAAACGGCCCGCUUUCGAACAAUGCAAUAUGCGAUUACGAAGCGGACCCAUAUGAGCGUGCAACCGCUCUCGUUAAAUUGUUUACUUUCGACGAGAAGAUCAUUAACACCCAGAACAAGAGCCCUGGGGUUCCAAGGAUUGGCCUGCCGCGAUAUGAAUGGUGGAGUGAAGCACUUCACGGCGUGGCAGGCUCACCUGGAGUCUCAUUUACACCAUCUGGAAACUACUCGUAUGCCACCUCCUUUCCUCAGCCGAUCACCCUGGGAGCUACCUUCGACGACGAUCUUGUCCAUUCCAUUGCCACUGUUAUCUCGACGGAGGCUCGUGCAUUCAGCAAUGGUAACAAAAGUGGUCUAAACUAUUGGACUCCAAAUAUCAACCCGUACAAAGAUCCGAGAUGGGGACGUGGACAAGAAACGCCAGGAGAGGACCCAUUCCAUUUAUCCAGCUACGUCAAGCAACUGAUAAUCGGCUUGCAGGGUGGUCAAGACGCACAGCCAUACAAGAAAAUUGUAGCCACUUGCAAACACUACGCUGGAUAUGAUAUUGAGGACUGGAAGGGUAAUGCCCGGUACGGUUUCAAUGCCAUUAUCAGCCCUCAGGAUCUCCGCGAGUAUUAUCUUCCCCCGUUCCAACAAUGCGCACGGGAUUCAAACGUUCAAUCCGUAAUGUGCUCAUAUAAUGCUGUGAAUGGAGUGCCAACCUGCGCAGAUAACUAUCUGCUGCAGACCAUUUUACGGGAAUACUGGGGAUGGACUGAUGAAGAUCAGUGGGUGACUAGUGAUUGUGAUGCAGUUCACAAUAUAUAUCAGGACCAUAAGUAUACCAAAACUCCACAACAAGCAGUUGCCGCUGCUCUAAAUGCUGGCACAGAUCUUGAUUGUGGUACUUACUACCCCGAUCACCUUGGCCAAGCCUAUAAUGAGAGUUUGUACAAUAUAUCGACCCUUGACAGGUCUUUAAUUCGCCGAUACGCCUCCCUUGUGCGACUAGGUUACUUCGAUCCUCCUUCCAAACAGCCAUAUAGACAGCUAACCUUCGCGGAUGUUUCAACCAAUGCGUCACAAAGUCUGGCGCUUAAAGCAGCUGAAAAUGGGAUUGUCCUUCUAAAGAAUGACGGAACUUUACCACUUUCCUCUAGUAUAAAAAGCGUUGCUAUUGUUGGGCCGUGGGCAAAUGCAACGAAACAAAUGCAAGGGAAUUAUUAUGGUGCCGCUCCGUAUCUUCAUUCUCCAGCCUAUGCUGCGCAACAAGCUGGAUUCUCGGCCAAAGUUUCCAAUGGAACAGGCAUAAGUUCCAAUGAUGCCAGUGGAUUUGCCAACGCUCUGGCUGCGGCAAGGCAAGCUGAUGCUAUCAUCUAUGUUGGAGGGAUCGAUAACUCGAUUGAGAGCGAAGCACACGAUCGUAACGAUAUCUUAUGGCCUGGCAAUCAACUGAAUCUCAUAUCCCAGCUGUCGAAUUUGACCAAGCCAAUGAUCGUCGUGCAAAUGGGGACGCAGGUUGAUAGCUCCUCCAUCGUCUCAAACCCAGGUGUCGGCGCUUUAGUUUGGGCCGGGUAUCCAGGACAGGAUGGCGGAACUGCCAUCAUGAACAUUCUGACAGGAAAAGUUGCGCCUGCCGGCCGCUUGCCUGUUACGCAAUAUCCUGGUAAAUAUGUAGAUGGUGUUCCCAUGACAAACAUGAGCCUCCGCCCUUUCCAAUCUGAUGAUGGUAGUCUCAAUAAUCCGGGACGCACUUAUAAAUGGUAUACAGGCAAACCUAUCUUUGAAUUCGGCCACGGCCUUCAUUACACCAACUUUAGUGCGAAAAUCAAGUCUCCUUCCUCCGCAACUUACAGUAUAUCCUCUCUGCUUUCUCGCGAUAGCCACACGCAAACUCAAAAGACUUAUAAAGAUCUCACUUCGUUCGACACUUUCCAAGUCACAAUUACCAACACUGGAAAAGUGUCCUCGGAUUUCGUUAUCCUGAGAUUUCUAACUGGAUCAUUUGGGCCCACACCCUAUCCAAAAAGAUCACUGGUAGCCUACAAACGGCUACACUUAGUGGAGGCUGGCGGAGACUCACAAGCAGAAUUAAAGCUGAACCUGGGUAGUUUAGCGAGGGUGGAUGAAAAUGGCGACAUGGUGCUUUAUCCUGGUGAUUACAGCUUCGUGAUUGACAAUGACGAGAAGGCUGCGUGGAAUUUUACGUUGACGGGGGAGAAGAUGGCUCUGGACGCUUGGCCAAAGCCGCCAGCGCCUAAGAAUGUCAUGAUUUGA